GUCCCCGGCUUCGGCCCCGCCCCGCGCCGUCCAAUGAGAGCCCGCGGCCGAGGGGCUGUCCGCACACUCUGCCCGCAGCCCCACUCCGCGCCGCCGACCCCCUGACACCGCGCCCAGCGCCGGGGCAGCGCGUCCCGGACCCCGAGCUUGGCGCGCCCCCGUCGGCUUCCGGACCCCGUUCCUUGCGCCCCUCUCCGGGACCCUGCGACCCGGCUCCUGGACUCCAGGUGCCCCUGGGUCCCCGGCCAGCGGCGAGCCCUAUGGCUCCCCAGGGGGGUGAGGUGGGAGCAGCCUGAGUACCCCGAGCCGGUGCCCCGUCCACGCCCCUCCGGGCCGCGCGGCGGGAGUCAUCGGGGAGCUAUGCUGAAGCCGGGUAGUGCGGAGGAAGCCGCGCAGCUCCCCCCUCGGCGCACCCGCGCCCCUGUCCCCGCGCUCGCGCCAGGACCCGCGGCCCCCGACGGCUCUCGGGCUUCGGCCCGCCUCGGUCUUGUCUGCCCGCUGCUGCUGCUGCUGCUGACGCUGCCGGCCCGCGUAGACACAUCCUGGUGGUACAUCGGGGCCCUGGGGGCGCGAGUGAUCUGUGACAAUAUCCCUGGCCUGGUGAGCCGGCAGCGGCAGCUGUGCCAGCGGUACCCAGACAUCAUGCGCUCGGUGGGCGAGGGCGCCCGAGAAUGGAUCCGGGAGUGUCAGCACCAGUUCCGCCACCACCGCUGGAACUGCACCACGCUGGACCGGGACCACACUGUCUUUGGCCGCGUCAUGCUCCGAAGCAGCCGGGAGGCAGCAUUUGUAUAUGCCAUCUCGUCAGCGGGGGUGGUCCACGCCAUCACCCGCGCCUGUAGCCAGGGUGAACUGAGUGUGUGCAGCUGUGACCCCUACACCCGUGGCCGACACCAUGACCAACGUGGGGAUUUUGACUGGGGUGGCUGCAGUGACAACAUCCACUAUGGUGUUCGCUUUGCCAAGGCCUUUGUGGAUGCCAAGGAAAAGAGGCUUAAGGAUGCCCGGGCCCUCAUGAACUUACAUAACAACCGCUGUGGUCGCACGGCCGUGCGGCGGUUUCUGAAGCUCGAGUGUAAGUGCCAUGGCGUGAGCGGCUCCUGUACCCUGCGCACCUGCUGGCGCGCACUCUCAGACUUCCGCCGCACGGGUGAUUACCUGCGGCGGCGCUAUGAUGGCGCCGUGCAGGUGACAGCAACCCAGGAUGGCGCCAACUUCACAGCAGCCCGCCAAGGCUAUCGCCGUGCCACCCGGACUGACCUUGUCUACUUUGACAACUCCCCAGACUACUGUGUCUUGGACAAGGCUGCAGGUUCCCUUGGCACUGCGGGCCGUGUCUGCAGCAAGACAUCUAAAGGGACGGAUGGUUGCGAAAUCAUGUGCUGUGGCCGAGGGUAUGACACAACUCGAGUCACCCGUGUCACCCAGUGUGAGUGCAAAUUCCACUGGUGCUGUGCUGUGCGAUGCAAGGAGUGCAGAAACACUGUGGACGUCCACACUUGCAAGGCCCCCAAGAAGGCAGAGUGGCUGGACCAGACCUGAACAUAGAAAUACCUCACUCAUCCCUCUACUUCAAACCUCCUGACUCAAAAGCACAAGAUCUUUGCAUGCACACCUUCCUCUACCCUCAACUCUGGGCUGCUACAGUUUCUAUUUAAGGAUUUGGAGAGUAAUCCAGAAGGACUCUCGUGUCCUGACUGGUUCCUUAGCCCUGGGAAGGAGUUGACAGGGGAUCUAAGAAAUUGAAUGGCUCCCUGACUGCCACCUUGGGAGGUUAGAAGGGAGAGUGGAAGAGGGAGGGGUCUUCAGAGUGAUAGAAGUUGCACUAAAGCACAUGGUCAAGGCUCAUCUUUCCUUUCCUUUGCACCGGCUUCCUGACACUUCUUGUGUGUGCAAGAGGAAGGGUACCUGGGGAGAGCUUCUUUGUGUUCCUACCUGACUGAGGGGAGAUGGGACAGAGAUGAAACCACAUCUCUUCCCUGGGUCAGUUUGAGCAGACUGCCUGGUACCCCAAAAGAAACUCUUAGGCUACAACCUUCCAUUAUCAAGAGUCUGGGAUUGCUAGAUAAGAGUUAGCCAUAGUGGACAAGGUUCCAUUCACAUGCUCAUAGGUUUAUAAACUGCUGUAUUUUGUAGGGGAAAAAAAUUAUAUGACUACACAAACAUACAUUCUCGUUCAAUCUCCCGCCUCUUUUCAACCUAUAUCAGACAGCAUGUUGCUCACUCGCCUCUUAUUCACCUGCUGCCUAUUCAAACCGAGUGGCAUGUAGUGGUUCUUAUGCCUAACAGAUCAUUUAGUAAGCCUGCCUAGGCCUUGGGAUUUGAUUUUUUUUUUUUUUUAAGUUCCUAUGCAUUAUUCUAGAGGUCAGCCAGGUUUGGGAAAUACUCAGUAAAAGGUAUGGGACUCAUGGGGGGUGGGAGAGGGUAGCAGGUCUGAUCUCAAGGGCCCCACAUGAGGCAUCAGUGUAUACUAGGCAGGUAUACUAGGCAGGGAUCUCUGGCUUGGGCAAUUUUUAGGAGAGGAUCCUGGUCUUCAAAGCUGGGAAUGGAAGCCAGUGGCUACAGAGGGAAGGAGAGCUGGGGCUUGGGGCCAAAAUGGUAAACAGCUCAGAAAGCAGCCUUACCCCAUUUAUUCAACAAAUUUUUUUUUUAGUGACUCUCCAAGUCCUGGUGAUUAUUACUGUUCACUCCAUCUUUGGCUUAAAUAGGGGAGAUCCUUCUAUGCUACUACCCGCUGCCUAACUAAGCUUGCAGUAGAGAAGUCUCCAGGGAUGGUAGACUUAGUAAGCUAGAGGCUAGGACAUGGAGUCCCCAAAACCGUCCUGUCCUGUUUUUAUGUGACUCAGACAAUGGCUAUCUCUUGCCUGGUGAUACUGUAAAAGACCAAAGUGGCAUAGAAAUUCGCAGUCAUGACAGACCUGGGUUGAAAUCACAGCUGUGCCAUUUACUGUUUUUGAUAUUUUGAGCAAGAUACCCACAUUCUCUGAGCCUUUAUCAUCUCCUCUGUAAAGCGAGGAUACAAACCUAUCUCUGAUAUUGAGUUUUAAUUAUGACCCCCAUUCCAGCCAUCGGACGCUCUUACCAAAGUCCCUAACUGGCCUAGCCCAUCAUGAUGUCUCUUAGAACCUUCCAUUUAGAACUGUACAGUAUUGACAGCAGGCUGUAGAUUAAGGGGCCUACACAAGGAAUUCUGAGUAUAGGCACCCCCCCUCCUUUCCAAGUUCCUCCAACAACCCUUGGGGUCCUCACGUGUUUGUGGCGCAGCUUCACUCUGCACAGGCAGCAGAAGGAUGGGGGAGCCAGAGCUCUGGGCCAUGGGGGCAGAUUUAUUUGGAUGAUAGGACUAAUAUUUGUGUAACCUGCUGAGACCUGUGUGGGAGAGUUUAGGGUGGUUUUUCUUUUGGUGAGGGGUUUGCUCCGGUUUCACAUCCAUUAACACAAAACAUGAGCUAGUCAGGGCCCUUGUGGUCUGCGGUGAGGGGAUUCCUGUGGAGAAAUGGGACUGAGUGAGUCAGGCCAGGGGAAUGUCUUCCUUGCAGAGUGGAUAACUGAUGAGCCAAUGGUGGGAUUAGGGAGGGGGAAAUGGGAGGGGAAGAGAAGAACUUCUGACAUCUUGAGCUGGGAUUAGGAGGAAGAAAGCCUUGGAGUAGUGGAAAGGUAAGGGGGUCAUAGUCAGUCUGACUCAAGACUAGAACUGCAGGAAUUGACAUAAGGGUACUGUCUUUGAGUAGAGCCUCGGGUCCCAGUCCGCCCCUACUCACAAGAACGCCCAGGUUCCUGCAUAAAGGAUAGCUAGGCCUUCCUGGGACUUCAACCCAAGUUCACUCUGCCUGUGCUCUGUCACCUAUUCCUUUUCAGUUCUUACCCCGUGGAAGGAACUGAGCCUCUUCUGGCAUCUCAUACUGCUCUGUGCUUCUCCUGGGCUCCAAACUGUAGUUCGUUGCUGUAAGUGGUUAAGAGCAUGCUGGCCAGAGAGUGAUAUGUAUGAACAGUGGGGUGGACAGUGAGAGAAAAGAGGUCCAUGUGAGCCCCACUAUUGAGGCUAUGUGGUCCCAAGAAGGAAUGAUGGCCAAACAAUUACUUUUUCCUCUUAUUUCUUAGCUUGCCUCUGCAUUCCAAUUGGCUUUGGACAACAGGCAUCCAUUCCACAAUAAACAAACAAAUUUAUGUGGAACAAGCAGCAAAAGGAGAACUGCAUUUGGUGCAGUCAGGGCUCCAUUUAGUUCUGCUGCCACCCACUCACUGCCUCUAACCACCCCCUCCCACCCAUCCUCUGGUCAGUAGAGGUCUGUCCCUCUGGCAGCAGUCCCUUCGCCCCUCUCCUCUCUGACACUCCUUCGUGUCAGUCCUCAUCUCUUCUAACUUUCAAUAUUUAGUAGAAUGCCUUGCAGAAAGUGCCAUUUGGAUACAAAGUUAGCUUCAAAGACAUGAUCUCUAUCCUUUAAAGGUCUUAGCCUCUUUUAGAGAAGGCACGUGGCUGAAAUACCUUGGCUGCAGAGCCUGUGGCCAGUUUCCCUCAUGUACAAGUAAGAACGCCAGCCUGAACCUAGUCCUGCACGUAAGAGCCAACUUCUGUGAUUGCUAGUCUUGAAUAAUAGCGCUAACCCAUAUGCUUUCUUAGAAUGAUGCUGGAAAAAUGAAAUCAGGGACUUCGGAUUAUUUAAAAAAAUUAAACACUGCCUGGCCCUGAACGUCUGUUUGCAAAAAGUCUUGUAGGUCUGACUCGUGACCACUUACAACCUCGUUUCUCUUCCUCCCUAUUGCAGAGAGUAAUUUCUUCUCCUUUUUCUCACCUCCCUUAGCAAGAACACCAACCACUAAGUCUUUUGCCAAAUUCUCGGACCCACUCAGGACGUUGGUUUCUACAUGGCUUAAUAUAAGAGAGAUAAUCAGGAUUUUUCUUUUUUCCUCACCCUUUCUGAGAUUUUUAAAUGCCCUCAGUGGUCAUAGGGCAGAAGCCCAAGGGAGGCCGCCAGGGAGAGUAUGUUUCUCAUCCCUGGGAGGCCGUCAGCCUAGCUCCUGCAGCCAAAUUACAGCACCAGAGAAUAAUGUGAUGCAUUCCUGGGCAGGUCCGUGGGACCCUGGGCGCCUGGGCCUUGUGGAGAGAGGUGCCAGACACAGAGCUCUCCGUAAGCAAUCCUGCAGAGCCGCCCCCUGGGUGCAGAAAUGAAAUACGGGAGAGCUUCACAUUACACGGAGACCUGUAGCUCACACCUGGUUAUUGAUGGCCUUGGUGGAGGCCUCUGCCCCCACCCUCCACUUGGGAACUGACUGCUACUACGGGGGUUGGGCACCUUUGAAGCAAUGUUGGAAAACAAGAAAGAGAUGCUUCCUUUCCACUCUUUGCUCCUCCUGUGAGCCUGCGCACAACGGGGAGGAAAUGCACACACAUGAGCUGCGCUUCUGUAGACAUACACAUAGCUUCUCCCAAGCUACAGCAGAGUUCUAGUCCUCCUCCCUCUCCCCGACAAUAAAACAAGCAACUGGAUUUCAAUCAAAUCCUUCAAAAGUCAUACCAACUUCAGGGAUUCAGCCAUCACCAAGGAAUGUUAAAAAGUUCCAUUAUCAAUACGCGAGCAGCUGUGCGGUUUGGGGACUGGUAUUCCCCUGGGAAGUGGCAGGGAAAGGAUGCAGAAAAGGCAUGGAGAGGAGAGAUCAACAGGAGACAAUUGCCACCCAAGCAGAAUGGCUAAGACUGUGGGACUUCCCAUGGCUCGUUCAUGCUGGGGAUAGUCCAAUCUGUGCCCUGUGUGCUAAGGAUGAUGGGGCAGCCUCCUAGGACUGCACGAAGUAGAAUUACCAAGCCUGCAGCCCAAGACCUGUUGUUUUUAACUUUUAUUUGGUUAGAAAACAGGAUAGCUUUGGGUUCCAGAGAUAAUGUCCAUAAGAGAAAGGUCCUGGAGAGGAGCAAGCAGUGACUUUUCUAGGGUAAAUAUGUCACAGCUGCUGCACUGAACUGAGCUUUCCUAGAAGCUGUUAAUCUCUUUGGGUGACUGGCAGGUUUCAGGCAAUAGCCAGUGGAGUGUCAAUAAUAUGCCUGUCCCUGACCCCGAAGGUCAAAGGGAUAGAAGACGGGAAGAGUUUUUAAGUACAUUUUUCCACUUUCCAUUCAUGGCUUAAGUUAUCCCUGAGCAUCUUUGGGGCCUUCCUCAUUUAUUGAAGACAUUUUAGUCAUCCUGGAGUUGAGAAAGCAAGGGAAGCAUUCUGCCCCUGAUCCCUUAACUCUGAACUACUGUGUGCUCACUUCCGUUCUUGCCUAUGAGGCUAUAGGUGGAGCAGCUAGACGUAGACGUUCUCUUUCUUUGACCAAAAGGAGCUGAAAUCUGGUGACUUUACUUCACCACCACCAGCCCCUGUACACAGGCCUGACCAAACAGAAAGGCUAAACUGAGUGAAGAAAAAGGGAAGACCAGGUAAUCCACAGCUGUCCUAAUGACAACUGUCUGGGUGGGGUUCCCAGAGAAUAACUGUGAUGUUCAUGAGAAGCAUUUUCAAGGACAAAAUGCUUUAACAUAUACCUAAUUUUCACACCGACCCUGUGAGGAGGAAGACAUUCUCACUGCACAGGUGCUGUUCAGAAAGGCUCAGGGAUCUGUCUGAGGUCAUGUGAUACGGAGUGGCACAGACAGAACUCAAGUCCGGGGUUUCUCACUUCACACCCUGUGUGUUCUCCUCAAAGACUGAGACUACCUCAGGCUGGAAGGGCCAGUGUCCCAGCCCCUUCACAACAAAAAUGGACACAAAAUAUUCAAGGAGAGUAUAGGUGAGCAGAAUUUACAACAGGAACAGCCUACACCUUCCUUCACCACAUCAAUGAAUCCCCUGUCAUUUUGGCCACUGUUUCCACUGCCACAAAAUGAUCACUACACUAAGUAGUCUGCAUUUAAUCUACUCUGGCUCCUAGCACUUUCUAUUCCUUUUUUUCUUCUUCAGAUUAACACUUUAACCAUUUGUUUUAAUUUUAUCUAGUUCUUUUAAAGUGAUGCUAAGCGCAAAGAGUACAAGUAGUCCUGAGAAGCCGUGAGCGGAAACUGUUAAGGCUUUGGGCUUCUAAAGUAUGUAUUAGAAUUUCCUUUGAGGUUUCACUCUCUUUUUUUAAACGCUGUCAACUCCUGGGCUAGGAAAGUGAGAAGAGGGAAUGAGAGUGCUAAAAACCCAUCCUAUCCCAGGCCAAAUGCCUACUCAAGGCCUGGUAAAAGUCCUGGGACCUCUAGCUGAGACAAGUAAUUUACCUACACCAAGGCAAGGAGAAUCCACCCUGCAGAGAAACCCCUAUGAGAUGAGGCAGACAACAGAUUUUUACUUGAUCAAAAACUUUUGCUGCUCUCAACCCCCCUCCUCCCACCCUCAUUCAAAAUCUGGACUUCUGUUUAGGUCCAAGACAGUGAGACAAAGCAGCUCCAAGAGAGGAUGUGUGCAAGGGGGAACCCUUCCCUGUUCAACCCUGGAAUGCAUUCCUUCAGAAACAGCAUAAGCCUGCACAUACCCUACCUAUCCCACUCCUGCACCCCAACUGUGAAGGCAGAAGGGAAAACUACAGGAACACAAUGUUCAUCCAUCAUAGACCUAGGCCCCCACUUGAGCUAGGGGAAGGACACCUCAUGAAAACAGUCUACCUAUAGUCAGGAUCUGUCCCAGAGCAAACCUUACUUUUUGGUCCAUCGAUCUUGGCUCUCACGGCUCUCCCUGCUCCCCACCCCCACUGCCUCCGCAUGUGGGCUCAGAAGUCAUCAUCUAAAGAAUUCCACUGCUCACCUCCUGCAUAGCAGCACAGCCCCAUGAGGCCGCACACCAGAUGGAGGGGAUAAAAGUACGAGGUCAUGGCUUCUAGCAAGAGGCUUUUUCUGAAACUAACCCUGACUCCUGGAAAAGAGGCAGAGCAGGAGAGUGUCGGGUGAGCUGCUGACGACAGCAGCUUCAUGGGUCUUGUGUGAAAAGGAAGGACAAAGCCUUCAUUAAAAAUUUCCCUGCUCCCGU